AUGGAAAUUUCUAUUGGGGUGUGGCUGGGUUUGGCUUUGGGUGGUUUGCCACUAUUGGGAUUACUCUUGUGGUGGUGGAAUGAGCUUUGGUUUGUGCUACCUCUCAAACUAUGGCCUUCCACCUCAAUCGCCAAACUGCCCCCAGGUCACAUGGGAUUUCCAUUUCUUGGGGAAAUGCUUACAUUCCUUUGGUAUUUCAAAAUUAUUCGCCGUCCCGAUGAAUUUAUCAAUGCUAAGCGACGCAAGCAUGGCGAUGGAGUUGGAAUGUUUAGAACCCACCUCUUCGGAAAACCUUCCAUCAUAGCAUGCUUUCCGGCGGUCAACAAAUUCGUGUUUCAAGAUGACAUCUUCAUGCUAGAGUGGCCAAGCGUUGAGCUUAUGGGCUAUACUUCUUUGGCGGCAGUUCAUGGAAAGUCUCAUGAAAGACUCAGAAACUUUGUCACAAAUGCUAUUAAUCGGCCAAACUCUCUAAGAAACAUUGCCCCCCAAGUUCAACCGAGAAUGGUGGCUGCACUUCAAUCAUGGGCUCAAAAGGGUAGAAUCAACGUGUAUGACGAGUUUAAUAAGGUAGCAUUUGAAAAUAUUGGAAAACUAUUUGCAAGUCUGGAGCCAGGACCGCUCCUAGAUACCAUUGAUAACUUGUUUGCUGGAAUACUGAAAGGAGUUAGAGCUCUACCAUACAACAUUCCUGGAACGUCUUUUCGCCAUGCUAGUCAGUGUAGGAAGAAGCUGGUGGCCAUUUUCAGUGUGUUGCUAGAGAAGAAAAAAACCCAAAAAGAAGUGACAAAUGACCUAAUGGAUGGGCUUAUGCAAAUUAAAGACGAUGAAGGCAAUAAAUUAAGUGACUUAGAGGUGAUAGAUAACAUUGUUAGCCUUAUCGUUGCUGGAUACGCUUCUACUGCCAUUUCAUCAAUGUGGGCCGUAUAUUAUCUUGCCAAAUACCCUAAUGUCCUCGAAAAACUUAGGGCGGAGAAUAUGGCUUUAAGUCAGAACAAGAAAGGAGAUCAUAUUACAUUUGAAGAUAUCAUGAAAAUGAAAUACACAAACAAAGUGGUAGAAGAAACAAUAAGAAUGGCAAACGUUGCAGCAUUUCUUUUCCGGAAAGCUAACAAGGAAGCUGAAUAUAAAGGUUACAAAAUACCCAAGGGUUGGACUGUGGUUCUCUGGGUCCGAUAUCUCCACACAAAUCCUGAGAACUUUGAUGAUCCUAUGUGCUUUAAUCCAGACAGAUGGAGUGAAUCGCCUAAGCCUGGAACUUACCUAGUUUUUGGUGGUGGACCAAGAAUAUGUCCUGGAAACAUGCUUGUUAGGCUGCAACUUGCAAUCUUCUUACAUCAUUUGUGUACAGGAUACAAGUGGGAACUUGUCAACCCAGAUGCUGAAAUCAUUUAUCUAUCACACCCGACUCCAGCUGAUAAGGUUGAAAUCACGAUCAGAAAAAUUUAGAAAAAAUGAAUUUCAAAUUCUGUUUCCAUUUGUAUUUUGGAUUGUAAGCAUGUCACAUGCAAACGUUGGGUCCCUUUAUUAGAAGUCAUUAAUUUAUGUUUUUUGUUCAUGACUGGCCAGUCUGGCAUAACAAGGACUUUGUGUCCAGCUUUUCUUCUCUAUAAUUUGGAUAUUAUCAAGCAACUAGUGGGAUAAGGCUUGACAUAAAGACAGUGGUGCUCUAAGUUUUAUACAGUCAACCCCAUUUAGAAGAUAAAUCUUUGUUGUUGUUGUGGGAUAUUAUCAAGCAAUUGUUCCUUUGAGUUUUUUAUUUGAACACAGUGGUCCCGGCCAUAUGAAUUCA